GACGAGAAGGGUGAGAGUCGACGUGUCGAAGGCAGAGCAGCCGUCGUGAGACGCGGUGGUUCAUGGAAAUAAUGUCCCAGCGGCUGCUGCUGCUGCUGCUGCUGCUGCUGCGGAGGUGGUGGAGAGUCGAGCGUAGAAGGGACAAGGGAAAUAUGCAGUUCGUAUUGAGGCAGGUCGGUGGAGCGCCACGAGUCGCGCUCCAGGCGCAGAGAUCAAUGCACCCGCCCCCUUCGUACCUCGCCGCCGACGUCGACGUCCACGUCGAGCUUGCCUCGUAAAUCCGCGAGCGGCCGGGAUGCGUGCACGGCUACGGGAUUGCGAGGAAAAAAGAAUCCUCCGUAGAAUCUCUCUGUCGAAACGUGCGUAAAAGGAACGAUGGGAGAGGACGUGCCGGUUACGUAAGAGAGGUUCGCGCGAGAGAGGUGUGUCAUGUGUCAUGGGGAAGAUCUGGUUAACGCACGAGACGAUGCUUGACCAAGAUCAAGGAAGCUUUUGAGUAAGAUGUCGUGAAGAUUUGCGACGAAGAGAAACAAAAAAAAAAAAAAAAAAAAAAAAAAAUAUGUGAAAGGAACUUUUGAAAAGUUACUGGGGAGAUUGUGGGGUUGUCCAUGUGACGUUGGUUAGUGAAAGAAAGAAACCGAGGUGGUUUGGUGUUGGUUCGAUAAAGGCUUCGAGGGUAAAGAGACUGAGCCUUAGCGAAGAUUAGGAACGGAGAGGUCUUCUCGAGGUUGAGAGGAAUCUGGGAAAAGUAUCGGGAACUUGGAAAAGAAUCUGAGCCCGAGAGAAUCGUUCGAGAGAUUCCUCAGGGGUUUCGGAGUGACGAUGUUAACGAAGAUAUGGAUUUUCGAUGAGUGGAAUUUUGAAGUGUCCGCACGCUCAAGGGGAUUGAUCAUGUCGACGCACGACUCCUAGUUGUCAGCGAUACAUGACAAAGCCGAGCCCGACGAAAGCGUUCUCCGCCUCCUGAUAAUAAAUGGUGACCUAGCAGAGUAGCGGAGGCGAGGGUGGAGUUCAGAACGGGUGAGAGAAAUCGUUGCGAGAGCAGUGGAAAAUGACGGACGAGCGUGCUGGCGAGACCGACGAGGACGACGGCCAACACAUGAGAAUUCCCUGAACGGAUGUUCACCGUAUAAUGUAUAAUGAAUUUAUCAUUGAAAGCAGCGCAGCGAACGAUUGGGAAGGAAAAGAACGGUAGACGUGCUGCGUGUCUAUGCUCUCUCCAAGGGACUGUAGAUCGAAGGAGCCUGCGAGGCGAGGUGGAGAAAUUCCGGGGGUGUGGGUGCGAGGAAGAGGAACGGCUAGCUGUUGAUGCAAUCAUGUGAAGUCCAUCGACCAGACGGAAGACGUUUUUCCAGCUGUCGUUCUCGUCGUAUUGGACGACUGAGAGAUUAAAGAGACUGUUAUGGGUGGGAAAGGGUGUGGAGGGUGAGAAGAAGAAGAAGAAGAAGAAGAAGAAGAGACAAGCGAACGAAGAGGAGAAGAAAGAGGGUGGAGAAAAGAGAGGAAGGAGAGUGCGCGGAAAAAAAGACACGUAUCGACGGACGCGUAAAGAGAGGGAUGUCGAGGAGAGAGAGGCCCUUUCUUCGUUGAGUGUUCUCGACCCUGUCCCAAUUUCCAGGCUCGUAAUAGGGGCGGAUUCGAGGACGCAAUGUUACGGAUUAAACGGCUGCGAGAUGCGCACCAAACGGUUCACAGUCGACGAAAGAAAAUGUUGUAAGCUUCCUCAGAGCAGAAGGCAACUAUUAAGAAUAGCAAUCGAUUGAGGAAAGAAGAUCGAGGGGAAAAGAAGAAGAAAUAGUAGAUAUAUUGCUGGCGAAGAAAGGGGUGAUGAGGAGGAGGAGGAUAAAAGGAGUACAACAGGGUUCAGGUGCAUGAACUAUCGAUAGCGUGUGUAUAGACAAGCAGAAUGUUCAAGAGCAGGAUCUUCCAGGGCGAUCUCAGCCCUGUCCCAAUUCCGGGCAGCCUCCAACAGUCCAGCCAGCAAGGUCAGCAGGGCGAACAGGAGUUGGCAACGAAGAUGCUACAGAUACAGAGCAAAAGAUUCUAUCUCGAUGUAAAACAGAACAGACGCGGAAGGUUUAUCAAAGUAGCUGAGAUCGGCGCGGAUGGAAGGAGAAGCCAAAUCUACCUGGCACUUAGCACAGCAUCCGAGUUUCGGAACUACCUUUCGACGUUUAGUGACUUUUAUGCAUCCCUAGGCCCACCAAACUCGGAGAACGUGCCAGAUGACGGAAAACUGAAAUCGGAAGUGAUGACAAAGGAUAACAGGCGGUAUUACCUGGACCUCAAGGAAAAUACUCGCGGCCGUUUCCUGCGGGUGAGUCACCCUGUAUCGCAGACGAUUACACGAGGCGGACCUAGAACGCAGAUCGCGAUACCGGCACAGGGUAUGAUCGAAUUCCGAGACGCGUUGACGGACCUCCUUGAAGAGUACGGUACGGACGAUGGCGGUUUCAAGGGUGACUUGCCAGAGGGACGGUACAUGCGCGUGGAUAGCAAGAAUUUCUAUUUUGAUAUCGGUCAAAAUAACCGUGGCAUCUACAUGAGAAUUUCUGAGGUGAAGACACACUUUAGAACAGCAAUCACCGUACCAGAGAAAUCCUGGGAGCGUUUCCGUGAUAUAUUCGCUGAUUACUGUGAAAGAAUGAGAGAAAGAGGCGCUGGAAGCAAUGUCGGCAUGAACAGCGGCGGUGGAGGAAAUGUCUUGCCCGAGGGGAGGGGCUCGGUGGUGGCACAGGUAACACAGAAACCUGCUGGCGUAAAGAGCAAAACGGAAAAGCGGCAGGCCGAUCAACGGCAACGCGAAUCCUUGAAACGACGCAAAUCCCUGCCACGCCAAGCGGAACCGUCCGCCCUUAAUCCUGAAAAGUCCAUGUCCGCUCCUGCCUCUCAAGUCCCGACAACCAUCGAUAUCCCGUUGUCUUCUGGUUCUACGAUAACCACGUCAAGCACGAGCAAAAGCACGAUGUCCGAAGAGAAUGUUUCUAGCGGUUCUACAGCAUCACAGGAGAUUCAAGGAAUGCCGCGCUUAGAAACUGUGCAAGUUUAAAUAUUCGCGGUGGCGCUUUGCGACGAGCGCGCAUGCGCACCUCCAACGCGCAUGCGCAAAUGACGGGCGCGUAAAAAGUCAGUAACGGUUGGCGCGAUCCAGUUUAGAACGCACAACUGGAGUAUGUAUCGUUUAAUUUGUUGUUUUGUGUUUCGUACUUCGUGUGUCGCAUUUCACGCGUAGCUUCAUUUCCCUGUAAACACACAGAUUCAUUUAAAUCUUACGGGAAUUGUUCGCUUGUUGAUUAUCGAAGCGUUUAAAUUCAUUUCGAACGAACACGGGUUUCGAGUUGAUAGAGCGAAUGGUGCGUGUACGUGUAUUCCAAGAGACUUCUGCAGAUUCGAUGGAAUUCUUCUAACGGUAAAUUUUUAUCACUAUUAUUCUAACUUAUUUGCUAUUGUUAAGAACCUUUUGCAUGCAAGCAUUAGAAACAUUAGAAGACGAUAUCGCGAAAUAUAUUUAGCAUCGAUGUGUUGAUACAUUGAAGUUUGAAUUUCGGACGCCAUUUCUAAAGUUAACGUCUUAUAUUCGCAGCGUGAAUUUAGUUAAUUUUAUUCAAAUCGACUUGAUGACAUCGUUAAAAGUUUUCGCAAUUUUGAAGAAAUUUAAAUAGUGAAAAUAUUUAUUCGUUCGUUAAUGUACUCGAAAAAUGGUAAUUCUUAUUUUCAAUUUUAAUUUAUUCAAAUUACUGCACCAUUCUUUCCACAAAUUGAAAAUGAAGGAGCCCUAUGUACGUGUUGUUAAGCAAAAAGAAGGAAGUAUUGAAUGACUUGAUCUGAGUUUCUGUUCUUUUUCUCUCAAUUGUUUAAGUAAAGAUGGAUCGGUAUCGUUAAAUAUUUUGCUUGUUUUUACAUACGAAACGAUAAGUUCUGUAAUGAAAACGUCUGGUUAGUGAUUGGAUGUAUAACUUUUGAUUCGCAAAGUAAAAUGCAAAAUAAGAACUACCUGUUGUAUGCGAAUAGCUACUUAAGUUAAUUAUUACAUUCUGUUCGAAACUAUUAAAUUUAUAUUAUGCAUAUAAACAGUGAUUUAAUAAAGAUACUUUCUUUUGAUACAACUUUCAAA